AUGGUGAAUGCGAACAAUGUGCCGUCCAAUGAUACAACAGUUCUCAACAGUGAGAUUGGUUCUAUUUGUCAAUGGGUUCGGGCAAAGCCCAACAACGACGAUUCAUAUAUCAGGUUACCUGUGAAUAAAACUGUUGCAGACUACAGAAUUUCUGGCUUGAUUUUCAAGUACUACGAUAUCGCCAAUUUUGCAUCGAUUCCUACCGUUGAGAACUUCACUGAUUUGUACCCGCAAAAUAAAACAGAUUUAUAUACGGGGAUGUUGGGCAGUGAUGGCAAGUUCAACGUAAAUGCCUCUGAGGGCUAUACAGUGGAAAAUUUGCACUUUUGGAGUGGAGUCAUUGACAAAGAGAUUACGUUCCCAGUUUUGGACUCUGGAUUUUAUUGUGUUUACAUUGCACCAGAUGCAAACAAGGACACAGAUUUCAAACUACCAGUGCACUUUAGAAACUAUCAUGGUAACUUGGAUUACGCCACUUAUGUAUACUAUACAAUCGUGAAGUGGAUUUUUGCAAUAUUGGCUGUGACCGGUGCUGCGAUUUUCAAAUUUCAUAAAAGCCUGGACUCAAAAGGACCACAAAAGUUGAGUUCAGUGGAAGCGGUUAUCAACACCUAUGUCUUAUUGACUUUUAUUCCUUUUAUGUUGUGGGAGUUGUCUGAUUUUUGCACUUUGUACGCAAAAAACAACGUGUUUCUACCUUAUGAGAUAUCAUCUAACAAAUCAGUUUUCUUACUCGUCUGCUUUGUCUUUAUUACCUUAAAUGAAGCAUUCCAGUCGUACGCAACUUUAUUAUAUGCAAUGGGACUUGGUGUCAUUUAUUACUAUAGGGAAGUCGCCAGCUAUAAAAAGUUUCCACCGGAAAUGUUACGUUUAGCAACUGCACUUUUACUCGUCGAUGGAGCAAUCAGACUUUCAUUGCUUGGGGUCAAGGAUUGGCCAGGCUCUAUCUCGUUUAUGGGAGCUUCAAUUACAGUUCCCGCAAAGCUUGUUUAUUUAGGAUUGACAUGUGCAACUUUUUUGAUGAGCUGUGUUUGGUUUAUUUUAUCAUUCAAGUUCUAUUUCGACACCAAGAAGAAAUUAUCUUCCUCAAUUGCUCAAGAUGGAUCAAAAGUUAAGGUGGUUUCGGCAUUCAAAAAGACAUCAUUGGCAAUCUGGAUAGUACCCGUUGUGUGCACUCUCAUUAUGACGGUUAUUUCAAGUUUGGCAUUAUACUUCACUUUCAGGGGUGUGUCCCAUUCAAAUUUCAAGUUUACGCCUCGAGUCGAAAUACUCGACUCUUACAUGAACAUGGAAAUCGGGACACGUGUACAGUUAAUUGGGAUGUUAACAAGUGGGUUGGAACCAUGGGUAGCCACGCUUAUCUCAAUCGGCGCAGUGUAUUUAAUCUGGGCUAAAUUGAGCGACAGGUCUACAAUUGAAAGGAAAAUUGAAUAG